UCCAGACCCCCCUCAUGUCCGCCCGUGCUCUCUCUCUCUCCGGUGAAACAGGAAGCGAGGCUCGGUGAAGUUAACGGGCUCAGUGACUGAGCAGCGCGGGAAGUCCGGUCGCGGUGCGGUUCUUGUGUUUCCUCCGGGUUUUGGGCUGUGACGGUACCGCGGGAAACAUUGCUUGGUGUGGCUGCAUCGGGGAGAAGGCUCGGGAGGAGGUGAAACUGCGGGACGUGAUGAACGAGAGAAAAGCGGCGCCAGAGGACGUGAUAUCAGAUGCCAUGGCAAAUCCUUCUCCAGCGAAGAGCAUGGGUGACCCUGGGAUCACUCCACUGUCUCCCUCACACACUCAGAAUGACACCGAGCAGGUGCAGACGCAGCAGUCCUUUGUGGUGGUCGUGGCCAUUGACUUUGGAACCACGUCCAGCGGCUACGCCUACGCCUUCACUAAAGAGCCAGAGUGCAUUCACACCAUGAGGCGCUGGGAGGGUGGAGACCCUGGUGUGUCCAAUCAGAAGACCCCAACCACCAUCCUGCUGACUCCAGACAGGAAGUUCCACAGUUUUGGUUAUGCAGCUCGUGACUUCUACCACGACCUCGACCCGAGCGAGUCCAAACACUGGCUCUACCUGGAAAAAUUCAAAAUGAAGCUCCACACCACUGCAAACCUGUCCAUCGACACAGAUCUUCACGCAGCCAAUGGGAAGCGAGUGAAAGCUCUGGAUAUCUUUGCAUAUGCACUGGCCUUCUUUAAGGAGCAAGCACUCAAGGAGCUGAGUGAUCAGACGGGCGGUGACUUUGAUAACAACGAUGUCAGAUGGGUGAUCACAGUUCCUGCCAUCUGGAAAAUGCCUGCCAAGCAGUUCAUGAGGGAAGCUGCUUACAAGUCUGGUCUGGUGUCUCGUGAAAACCCAGAGCAGCUGAUCAUCGCCUUAGAACCAGAGGCAGCGUCAAUCUACUGCCGCAAGCUCCGCCUCCACCAGAUGGUGGACCUUGGCACCCAGAACACCCAGAACGGCUUCAGCCCCACUGAAAACGCAGGGAGUGCAACGAGCCAAGCAGCUAAGGAGCAUGUUCGGCGCAACCGGCAGAGCCGCACGUUUUUGGUGGAAAAUGUCGUAGGAGAGCUUUGGUCGGAGCUGGAAGAAGGUGACCGUUACGUUGUGGUGGACUGUGGUGGAGGAACUGUGGACCUGACUGUUCAUCAGAUCCGUCUUCCAGAGGGACAUUUAAAGGAGCUCUACAAGGCCUCGGGCGGCCCCUACGGCUCCAUCGGGAUCGACUAUGAGUUUGAGAAGCUGCUGUGUAAGAUCUUUGGUCAGGAUUUCAUCGACACAUUUAAGAUCAAGCGGCCGGCCGCCUGGGUGGACCUGAUGAUCGCGUUUGAGUCACGGAAGAGAGCGGCAGCCCCCGAACGCACCAACCCCCUCAAUAUAAACCUGCCGUUCUCCUUCAUCGACUACUAUAAGAAGUUUCGGGGCCACAGUGUGGAGCACGCCCUGCGCAAGAGCAAUGUGGAUUUUGUCAAAUGGUCGUCUCAGGGAAUGCUGAGGAUGAGUCCAGAUGCCAUGAAUUCCCUCUUCAAGCCUACGAUAGAUCACAUCAUCCAACAUCUGACCGAGCUCUUCGAUAAGCCAGAGGUCAGCGACAUUAAGUUCCUCUUCUUAGUGGGAGGUUUUGCUGAGUCACCUUUGCUUCAGCAAGCCGUGCAGAACAUGCUCCAGGGCCGCAGCCGCAUCAUCAUUCCCCACGACGUCGGCCUCACCAUCCUGAAAGGUGCCGUGCUGUUCGGCCUGGACCCCAGCGUCAUCAAAGUCCGCCGCUCGCCGCUCACGUACGGCGUGGGCGUCCUCAAUCGCUUCGUGGAGGGCAAACACCCGCCGGAGAAGCUGCUGGUGAAGGACGGCACUCGGUGGUGCACCGACGUUUUCGACACCUUCAUCGCCGCUGACCAGUCGGUGUCACUGGGUGAGAAGGUGAAGCGGAGCUACACCCCGGCCAAGCCCUCGCAGCAGGUCAUCGUCAUCCACGUCUACUGCUCGGAGAAGGAGAGCGUGGGCUUCAUCAGCGAGUCUGGAGUCAGGAAGUGUGGGACACUUCGUCUGGACGUCAGCGGAACGGAGAGCACGGCGCCGCGCCGCGAGAUCCAGACGCUCAUGCAGUUUGGUGACACGGAGAUCCGAGCCAUGGCCGUGGACGUGUCGACCGGACGCACCGUCAAAGCUAGCAUUGACUUCCUGAGCCACUAAGUAAGCUAAUGUAACAGGAAGAUAACAGCUAACACACACACACACACACACACACAUUAAGCUUUACUGGAAAAUGAUGAAUCUCGAUUCAUGCUCAGAGUAAGAAGCAGGAAGUUGGGCUGACAUUCACCUGCUGCUUAUCUGCUCGUAUGAAGUCACUGUAACAAAGCCAUCGGCUUCAGCGUGUGCACCACACGACACAAAAUAAAGACACACAAUAACAACAACUAUGUCCACAUGUUACAUCGGCUUCAGCGUGUGCACCACACGACACAAAAUACAGACACACAAUAACAACAACUAUGUCCACAUGUUACAUCGGCUUCAGUGUGUGCACCACACGACACAAAAUAAAGACACACAAUAACAACAACUAUGUCCACAUGUUACAUCGGCUUCAGUGUGUGCACCACACGACACAAAAUACAGACACACAAUAACAACAACUAUGUCCACAUGUUACAUCGGCUUCAGUGUGUGCACCACACGACACAAAAUAAAGACACACAAUAACAACAACUAUGUCCACAUGUUACAUCGGCCUCAGCGUGUGCACCACACGACACAAAAUAAAGACACACAAUAACAACAACUAUGUCCACAUGUUACAUCAGCUUCAGUGUGUGCACCACACGACACAAGCAGCUCCACCUCACAGCAGUUUAAAGUGGUUUUGCAUGAUUUAAAUACUAUGUAGUUAAUUCACAACCAUUGAUGCAUGAAAGCGCUGUUUCAGAGCAGCUGAUAUGUCGCUAACAUGCUAGCAAACAACUCAAGUCAGGUACCUGUCUCUAAUCUGAGACCACUCUCUAAUCUGAGACCUGUCUCUAAUCUGAGACCACUCUCUAAUCUGAGAUCUGUCUCUAAUCUGAGACCUGUCUCAGUACUAAUGUUACCAACGGUAAUUUUUUAUCUGUAAUUGUAGACAUGAGGUACAUAAUCAUCCUAUGUUCUUCCUUUUUUUGCCCCAUCAGUCACUGCUGUUGACUCAGUAGAGAGGUCAGGUUAGGACAGGUUAGGGCAGGUUAGGACAGGUUAGGACAGGUCAGGUUAGCUUCACAUGAUUAAAUUUAGCUCAGCUUUGACUGUUUUAUGUCUGUUUUCUCGCCCUCUCACUGCUUUGAAAGCAGAGAAGUGAACAUGCAGUCAUGUGACUUUGGUGUGCAGCUAAAACAGCUGAUCACAUGACAGAAAUCAUGUGAGAGGUUUAUGAUUUGAGAACAGCACAAUGAACUGGUGAACUGGUAAAAUGUCAUAGUUAGGGUUGCCAACCUUGUCACUAUGAAAUAAGGGACAAAAGUGACGAGUAUGGUUUUGUGUGAAUAAACAGUGUGUAACGUAUUUUUUUAUUAUGGCAGCUCUUAGUGGAGUUUGUCAGGUUUCUCAUACCUGAUGUGUAGCUUUAUUGUGAAGGGUAGACCGGAAGUGGCGUGGUUGUUGUUGCCGGGAAGAAGGGUUGUUUUUUUUAUGUAAAAUAAAAGUGAGACGUGGUUGGCGUCAACAGCGGCCAUUCAUGUGCUUUGAUUGUUUAUUUACGUACCCAGUAUAGACGCCCUCAUCUCGGUCACACAGUGUGUUGUUUUAAGGCAUUUGUCAUAAUGAUAGCAGUUCUGCAGAGGAAUAAAAUAGAAGUGACUGAGAAUGUGCACCAUCUGUGUGUGUGUGGCCAACUGAAAACUGCGGUCUUACCCCACGUCUUUUUAACUUCCCAUCAUUUGUUGUAGCUGCACAGUCUCUUCUUUUUUGCAGGUUGAUCCAUUGUAGUUCUAUUUGGAUGAAUUUGUGCAUUUACUUCCAGUUUACUGAUCAUGUGCGACUGAUGCGGGACUCAUAGCUCCGCCUCGUCUCCCGGCGCGAGGUGGGACGGCACCUGUCAUCAUCACACUGUGGCUGAUGGGUGAUUCCCAAGUGUCGUGAUCAUCACUGCUGCUGUCGUUGUUGCAUCAUUCAGUGUUUGGAUCAGCAUAGCAGUCAAUAAACGCGACAAAUACAUUAGACCCAAUAUACGGGACAGUUGGCAACCCUAGUCAUAGUACUAGCACCAAAAAUGCUGUGAUGCUAAUGUUAGCCUCAUGCUUAUCAUUAUUAUUAUCCAUUCCAUUCAUGCGGUGAAACAUCAUUAAAUGAGUCAUUUGUCCUAUAAUAACUAUAAUGAAUAUAAAUAACUAUGUGUGAAGCUAAGAUGAUGCUACACAAAUGUAUUAGCUCACUCUAGUUUAAGUAGCUUGUUAGCUUGUGUAAUGUUCAUGAUUCAAGAACAAUGAAAUAAAAAAGUGGUCCUUAAAUCAUAAGCUUAUCAACCAGUUCAUUUAUAGUAUACAUCAGAUGAAUGUGAUUAGCAUGAGGCUAAUGCUAGUUUAAUGCUAUCUGCAAAAAUAGGACUAUACUGUAAGAAAACAGUCAACACCAAAAUGAAUAUAUUCUAAUAACUUUCAGUCUCAAAGUAUCGCAGCUGACUGGGAUUUUAAAUAGUAACGUUAUAUUAUGUUUUUGUAAAAUAAAUACGUCUUUUCAUGUUCUUUCAUUUUAGAAGCAAUUCUUCUAGAAGAAAAGUAUAAAAAAAUGAUAAUAUAAUAAUAAUAAUUAUUAUUAUAUGUGUUCUUCUACUGUGCAGUUAAAACAAUCUUACCCAGCAACACUUCCUUUGAACCUUGCCUUUAAAAUAAUAAUGGUAAUAAUAAUCAUUUCUGUUCACAUUUUUAUGUUAUUUAAAGUUUAGUGGUAACAGGAUGUCGUCACAUGUGCUUGUAACAGAUCACUUUUUAUUUUCCAAUGGAAACACAUCCAUGUGUUCAUGUGUCCAUGUGUUCAUGUGUCCAUGUGUUCAUGUGUCCAUGUGUUCAUGUGUUCAUGUGUCCAUGUGUUCAUGUGUCCAUGUGUUCAUGUGUCCAUGUGUUCAUGUGUCCAUGUGUUCAUGUGUUCAUGUGUUCAUGUGUCCAUGUGUUCAUGUGUUCAUGUCAGUGAGGUUUUUGCCAUGUUUUUGGCCUGGUUGCACUUUGACAGUUAAUAGCUAGCUUUAGUAGCUUUCUCCAUCUUGACCAUACACUGCAUUUUUUCCUUUUUUGUGCUGUUUCAGAGUAACUUCAAACGUUUCUGCCUCAUUUUACACACACAGACACACAGACACACAAACACACAGACACACACAGACACACAAACAAAGGUCUCAUCAGAAAAGUGUCCACUGAAGUCAUGGUGAAAUGUUCCUGUUUUAGCACGUUAUAAUGUGUGUGUGUGUGCAUAUGAGCUUCACAUGUAAACAUAAGUCAUUAAGCUACGCAGACCUGAACAUGAAGCUUUGUAUAAAGAGGUAACACAUCACCGUGAUCAAUAAUCCAGUAAUCUAAUAAUCCAAUAAUCUAAUGGCUCAUCAGCAAACACUGGUUGAUAAUGAUUCCGUUCUGUUGAUUUGCGCUGUGAAUGGACGCUUGUCUCGCUCAGUGUGGUGUUGAAAGCUCACACCUGCUGUGGCGCCCUCUGCUGUUCCUUGGACACUCUGUCUCUGCACGUUUGGCAUGUGUAUCACAUAGGAAUGACUAACCAGUGAUGGUUAACCACUGAGAGCUGAUGUAGCUCAUGUGUAACUUCACUGACUCUACUGGUCGCUAACCUAGUAACUGUUUACCUGACACAUACUGCACCCGGCUGGAUUUGUUUGGAUGACGACAUUCAUGUAUUUGUGCAACCUUGAGUAUUAUGGGAUGCUCAGGACACUGUGAUGUAGCAGCUUUAUAUUUAAAGCUCUGAUGAAAUGAAAUGCAAAUGUUCAGCUAGCUUUAGCGUCCUGCUGUGGACAGAGCAGUGCAGCAGCUCGCUUAACACUAUCUGCUUAACACUAUCUAGACAUAACUAAUGGAAAAACCAGAUGGAGCCUCUCUGCCACUUUUGAUUAACUAUGUUAUUGACUUGUUUGCUUGUUUUUUGUAUCUCCCGUCACUUCAAUGUCUCGCUCUGUUGCAGAAUUCACACAGUAAUGCAUUUGUUUUUCAAGUCAAUAUCAGAUAUUUACUGUCAACAAUAAAACUGGAUGUUUAUUUCAAAUAAC